AUGCCUGACAAAAACGCAGAAUCUCACGACAAAGGCAACCUCGUUGGCUCCAUUGCCGGAUCGGUCUUGGGAGCAGACGCCGGUAACAAACUGCAUCUUGGAACUGUCGGUGGUAUUGCCAGCAGCGUUUUGGGAUCGGGUCAAGGUUCAAAGGCGGAAAACAAAAUCAAAGAGAAGAUUGACAAUCAUUGA